AUGGGCAAAUUCACAAAAGACAAAAGAGUAUAAAGAAAUUCAUCAUAUUCUAAAUAAGUAUUUUAUAAUAUACUUACUACCCAUACAUAUAUUACUAUAAAAGCAUUUUUCACCAUAUUUAGGAUAUUUAUUAUAGGAAAGCAAAAGAAGAUUAAUUUAGAGCAAGAUCAGCUUAUAAACUUUUACAAAUAGAUGAUUCAUUUUAAAUAUUUAGAUAAGUUGAAAGAGCAAUAGAUUUAUGUGCUGCUCCUGGUAGUUGGUCAUAAGUCUUGGUCAAAAAGUUGACAGAAAAGAAUUAUCUUCCAUCUGAGAGUUGUAGAAUAGUUUCUGUGGAUUUAUAAGAGAUGGCUCCAUUAGAUCAUGUAACAUAAAUCUAAGGAGAUAUAACUAAAAAAACAACAGUGGAUGAGAUCUUAAAAAAAUUCAAUUAUUAAAGAGCAGAUAUAAUAGUUUGUGAUGGAGCACCUGAUGUGACAGGUUUUCAUGAUAUAGAUUAUUACAUUUAAUCAUAAUUGAUAGUGGCUGCAUUAAACAUAUGUUUGAUGACAUUAAGAGAUAAUGGAAUUUUUGUAGCUAAAAUAUUCAAAGGUUCAGAUAUCAAAUUGUUGUAUUCAUAAUUUAAAUUAUUCUUCAAUUAAGUUUAUUUUAUGAAACCUAAAUCAAGUAGAGCUUCAAGUGUUGAAUAUUUUAUAAUGUAAUUUAUUUAUAAUAAAUUUAGAUGUUUGCAAUACACUCCAAAAAUAUCAACUCUUAAUUUCCAUCUCUAUACAUUUUUAAAGGAAAUUGAAUAAGCUGAAAAAUAGAAAUAAUAAGAAAUUAUUGAUUAAGAAACAGAGAAGGAAUAAUCAAAAUAUUACAAAUUUAUUACAUGCGGAGAUUUAUCUGGAUUUGAUGAAAAUUGA